AUGUUGGGGAUUGUGAUAGAUGGGCUCUGUAAGGCAGGAAACACUCAAACAGCCAUUGAAUUCCUCAGAGCAAUGGAAAAACGAGGAAGCCCUUGUAAACCUACUGCAAUUAUUUACAGCACCAUCAUUGAUAGCUUGUGCAAGGAUAAAAUGGUUGAUGAAGGUCUUGCCCUCUUACAGGAGAUGAUUGAAAAGAACAUUCUCCCGAAUGUUGUCCCUUACAGUUGUUUGAUUCAAGGUCUGUGCAACUUAAGCAGAUGGAAGGACGUUGACAAUCUCUAUGCUGAGAUGAAGGUUUAUAAGAUUGUUCCAAAUGUUUUUACUUUCAAUAUAGUGGUGGAUGCACUAUGUAAGGAAGGGCAUAUAGAAGAUGCUGAAGAAGUGGCCCAGAUCAUGAUCCAGCUAGGUCAAAAUCCCAACCUGGUCAUGUACAAUUCCCUAAUGGAUGGCUAUGGUAUUCUAAUAAAUGCAUAUUACACGACCAAGAAUGUGGAAGCAGCCAUGAAGCUCUUUCAAGAGAUUCCGCAAAAAGGUUUAACACCUAAUAUUGUUAUUUGUAGCACUGUGUUGCAGGGGUUAUUUAGUUCAGGAAGGUAUCUUAGUGCAUGA